AUGUUCGUAUGGGUUCUCUCAUUUGGUGGCUUCGCACCAGUCGUUGGGCGUUCCUUCGUGGAGCAGACCUCUGUCGGGAGGAGAGGAUGCUACUGGCUUGCUCUUGCUAUCGAAGCUAGCUCUGCUUUGCUAUUCUUCUUUUUCUAUCAUCCGCCUCCAUUCACGCUACUCCACAAGGGUAAAAGGUUGACUUUGAAGUCCUGUAUGGAUAUGCUCGACCUCGGAGGAAUCAUUCUUUCUGGCCAGGUCAUCGGCUGUAUCAUUGGAGGCGCUGUAUUGAUUGCUGCCUUUGCAGCCUAUCAGCUCUACUUUCCCCAGCCUUACCCUCUACUACCGGCCCACAUUUUCAAGAACACCCCUUACCUGAUGGUCGUCUUUUCCGGACUAUUCAUCACGGUCUCCUUCUACCUCAACUCGUUCCUUUGGCCCAUAGCAGCUGCCGGCCUAUACCCUGGCAGUCUUUUAUCUGUUGGCUGGAUUACCACCUGCGUUGGCGCCAACAUUCUCCUUGGAGGUAUCCUGGCAGGGUGCUUUGUCAAAAUCCUGUGUCACCACAAAUGGGAGAUGAUAAUCUACAACUGUAUUGGUGCAGGCUUUUGGGCAGCCAUGGCGGGAUCAAACCCGGGCAACAAGUCAACAAGCAUCGCCGUCGUCGUAUUAGCUUCCACUGUGGUGGGCGCAGUGGAAUGUAUCAUUUACACACUGGCCAUGCUACUUUGUGAUCCAGAGGAUCUUAGUCUGUCAUUUGGAGUGAUGGCGUCUUUCCGAACUCUCCUAGCCUCUGUGGCGACUGCUAUCUAUGGCAGUGUUCUCACUAACAAGCUAACCAUCAACAUUCUCAAGUACGUUAUCCCUGUGGCUAUAGAACAAGGUCUUCCUGCUUCAGAGAUUCCUUCACUCAUUCAAGGGCUAUCAACUGGAAAUCCCUCGGCUCUCAAAGGCAUCGCACCGAGUAUUAUAGCCGCGUCAUUUACGGCAUUCCAGCAUGCUUAUACGGUUACAUUCCGACUCAUAUAUCUAUCAUGUCUAUCGUGA